GAAUUAACUUAGAUUAGACUUGAUUCUCAGAGCCAAAAGGGAUAUAAUUAUAGCCAAUCCUGCGUCUCUGGACUUCAAAAUGCAAGGUUCAUAGACUGCAGUCGCCUCGAUCUAGGGGUUUAUUGUCUUGGUUCUUCUGUCUGUCUGACAGAAAAAGCGCUCCCUUGCGGCUCUCGAUAGACGCUCAGAAGGACCACAAAUAGAUAAAGCCGUAGAUAGAUAAGAUCCUUUGCUGGUCUGAGAAUGUCAUCAUCAAAUUAUCUCAAAAUGCAUAUAUCUCUGGCAAUAUUCAUCUCCCUCUUCCCUCUCGUCUUCUCUCAAGCUCCUGACCCCUUUGCUACUUCUGUGCCAUCCUCUCAAUGUGAUACUUCAAAUCUUGUCUGCUGCCAUGAUUCUAUCAAUCUGAAUACGUUGACUCCCGAGGCUGUCGAGACUGUCAUGGCGCAACUAGAAGCAAGACAGAUUCAAACUGGUGGUCUAAAAGGGACUAUUGCAUUUGGCUGUAUGCUUAUAUUCUCUCUCGAUGUAGAAAACAGCCACUGAUCUUGAUAGGCUAUAUAGAAAACCAGGGCAGCUUGUGUGAUGAAAAACGACUUGAGACGUUGUGCUGCACGGGAGAGACUCAGUUGGUAUGUUUUUCUGCCUCUGCAAGGACGGUCUGACAAGUAUAGAAUGGGAAAUUCCAGUCAGAAUGCACUCUGGUCAAGGGGUUUGAAUAGUGAUAGGAUAUAUUAUGUUGAUAUGAUAGAAUGAUUAACCGAGACUUCGAUUAUUAGUCCCAAACGAUGACUGUAGCGUUAUUUAGUGAGAAUGUAGAUGUGCAUCAGACAGUGAGAUAUUUUCUGAGCUAUAGAUAGACGGAUCGAGUUGCAUUUGAUUGAUUUCUCUGUAUCUGUAUAUCACUGGUUAGAAUCAAAUGCGACAUUAUGCCCAGAACAGAAUUAAUAUCAGGAAAAAAGAACCUCAAUCAUGGAUGAAUGAUACGAAUUUGACACAGAUAUUAAUAUCCAGCUUCG